CAUAUUGCAGAACUGGUAUCAUGGUGCGCAUGAACGUUCUCGCUGAUGCACUGAAAAGCAUCAACAAUGCUGAGAAACGUGGGAAACGCCAGGUUCUCCUCAGACCCUGCUCUAAAGUCAUAGUGCGCUUUCUUACUGUGAUGAUGAAGCACGGUUACAUUGGCGAAUUUGAGAUCAUUGAUGAUCACAGAGCCGGGAAAAUUGUAGUCAAUCUAACAGGGAGGUUGAACAAGGUAAGUGGUUUAAUAAAUUUAUGCUCACAAUAAAUGUCUGAAAUUAUG